AUGGCAAACAGGAUGCCCCAUGCGUUGGAAUUCCUGGCGGUGAGCGGCUGUUUCCUGGCUAUGGCACAGGUUGAUUUGGAUUAUACCAUUACGACUGAGGAUCAAAUUUAUCUUCUCCUGGAGGCCAGAAUUCAGUGUGAGCAAAACAUCACAGCACAACUCAGAGAAGAAGCAGAAGGCAACUGCUUUCCAGAAUGGGAUGGCCUCAUCUGCUGGCCCCGGGGAUCUUCGGGGGAAACCUUGGCUGUACCUUGCCCUCCUUACAUUUAUGACUUCAACCACAAAGGUAUGGCGUUCAGGCACUGCAGCUCGAACGGAACGUGGGUCUUCGUGCAAAGUUUAAACCGAACGUGGUCUAAUUACUCUGAAUGCCUUCUCUUCUUACAAGCAGAAAUCCACUCAGGAAAGAGGGAGUUUUUUGAACGCCUCUACAUUAUGUACACUGUCGGAUACUCCGUCUCCUUCAGCUCCUUGGCAGUGGCUAUUUUCAUUAUCGGCUACUUCAGAAGGCUUCACUGCACCCGGAAUUACAUCCACCUGCACCUGUUUGUCUCUUUCAUGCUCAGAGCCAGCAGCAUCUUCCUCAAAGACAAAGUGGUCCACACUCAGGUUGGAGUCAAAGAGCUCGACUCCCUGCUGAUGAGAGACCUGCGGAGCGUUAUCGUGGCUCCCGUCGUAGACAAGUCCCAGUACGUGGGCUGCAAGAUCACCGUGGUGAUGUUUAUUUACUUCUUGGCGACCAACUACUACUGGAUCCUGGUGGAAGGCCUGUAUCUGCACAGCCUGAUCUUUGUGGCGUUCUUUUCAGAUACCAAGUACCUGUGGGGGUUUACCUUAAUCGGCUGGGGAUUUCCGGCUGCAUUUGUAGUGGCGUGGGCAGUGGUCCGAGCAAUGUUGGCAGAUUCAAGGUGCUGGGAGCUCAGUGCUGGAGACAUGAAAUGGAUUUACCAGGCUCCAAUUUUAGCCGCUAUUGGGUUAAAUUUCAUUUUGUUUCUGAACACUGUUCGGGUUCUGGCUACAAAAAUCUGGGAGACCAAUGCUGUUGGCUACGACACAAGGAAGCAAUAUAGAAAACUAGCGAAAUCUACCUUGGUCCUGAUCCUCGUCUUUGGAGUGCACUACAUCAUCUUCGUUUGCCUGCCUCACACCUUCACUGGGUUAGGCUGGGAGAUCCGAAUGCAUUGCGAACUGUUCUUCAACUCCUUCCAGGGAUUUUUUGUUUCCAUCAUCUACUGCUACUGCAACGGAGAGGUGCAGACCGAGAUCAAGAAGAUCUGGGCCAGGUGGAACCCACCUAUCGACUGGAAAAGGACAGCUCCUUGUGGGAGUUACCGCUAUGGCUCCGUCCUCACCAACAUGACCCACAGCACUAGCAGCCAGUCUCACAUGGCGGCCGGUCCCCGCAUGGCCGCGAUCUCCAACAGGGCCUGCAAAAAUAUCGCCCAGCAGAACGACGCCCACGUGAAUUUGCCUGGAUAUGUUAGCAGCAACUCUGAACAGGACGGCGCUCAUCGCUGGGUUCACGACCCAGCCGAUGAAGGCGAAGAGAAGCGGGUGGAUGGCAUUUCUCUCAAGGAGACCCUGAGGCCUCACGAGGCCCACAUGGGCCCCCUGGAGGAAGAGGAGGAGGGCAGCAAGUUAGAAGCAGAAGAAGUGCUUUAA